AAAUGGGGGCGGGCGAACUCAACCUUCUUCAAGUUAAAGGAGCCGAAUUAAAUCCCUAUUCUCUUUCAUACGACCAGUUCCCCAGCCUAAAACCCUAACUAAACCCUCCAUCGGAACAACAAACACUCUGCAGGUACUCCUCUUACCCCAUUUACGAACAUUAUUCAUGUUUUCUUUUAAUUCCCCCUUUCGAUUUCUCACAACUCACAAACCCCUUUUCUCCUUUUGUUUCAAUUCAUCCUUCCUUUAUUCAAAUCCAAAACCCACCAUUAAUCACUUCCAUGCACUCACCCAAACCAAACCCACAACAAGCUUCAACAAAUCAAGCACCAAACAAAGCUUCACAACCCCUAAAGCAUACAUGAAAGACACAAUCACAACCAUAUCAAACAUACUCAGGUAUUCCCCAUGGGAUUCUGCUCAACAACACCUUCAAACCCUCACCAUCAAAUGGGAUUCUUACACAAUCAAUCAAGUCCUCAAAACCCACCCCCCAAUGGAAAAAUCUUGGCUUUUUUUCAACUGGGCAUCUGGGUUGAGAAACUUCAAACAUGAUCAGUUUACUUACACAACAAUGAUGGAUAUUUUUGGGGAAGCAAGGAGGAUUUCUUCAAUGAAGUUUGUGUUUCAGCAGAUGCAGGAUAAAGGGGUUAAAGUUGAUGUGGUUACUUAUACUUCGAUGUUGCAUUGGCUUUCGAAUGAUGGGGAUGUUGAUGGGUCUUUGAAGUUGUGGGAGGAGAUGAAGGAGAAGGGUGUUGGUCUGACUGUUGUUUCGUACACGGCGUAUAUGAAGGUUUUGUUUGACAAUGGUCGGGUGAAGGAGGCGACUGAGGUUUAUAAGGAGAUGAUUCGGGCUGGCUGUGCGCCGAGUUGUGUUACUUAUACGGUUUUGAUGGAGCAUCUUGCUGGUUGUGGAAAAUUCAACGAAGUCCUAGACAUCUUUAUCAAGAUGCAAGAAGCAGGAGUACAACCUGAUAAAGCUGCAUGCAACAUCUUAGUUGAAAAUUGUUGCAAAGCAGGUGAAACACGAGUUAUGAUGAAGAUUCUUGAAUAUAUGAAAGAAAACUCACUUGUUCUUCGCCAACCAAUAUACACAAAAGCUCUUGAAGCUUUAAAAACUGCAGGGGAAAGCGAUGCUCUCCUUAAGGAAUCAAAUCGUCAUUUAUCUGUACAUUAUAAGAAGCUGGAACCCCUAGUAAAUGAUGCAGUGUCUGACACGUUAUCCACAGAUAAACACCUCGUGUUAUAUCUUUUGACCAGAAAGCACUUUAUUGGCGUUGACUUUUUACUAAAAGAUAUGAUGGAAAAAAACGUCUUUUUGACCGCCGAGAUUGUUUCAUCAGUUAUUGACACAUACACUGCUCAUGAAAGACCUCAUGGUGCUCUUUUGGCCUAUGAGUAUGGUAAGAGAAUGGGGAUAAAAUUUGAGAAAAUUUUGUAUCUUUCUUUGGUGGGUUUGUUUAUCAGGACAAAUUCUUUCCCAAAGAUUGUGGAUAUCGUCAAAGAAAUGGUAAAAAGGGGAAUCUUUCUUGGAGUUAAUCAAAGUGCGUUGUUGAUAUACAAGCUCGGAUGUGCAAAUAAGCCUGUUUCAGCUGCGAAAGUAUUUGACUUUUUGCCUGAUAAUGAGAAGAACACGACAACUUACACUGCUUUAAUGGCAGCCUACUUUGCUUCAAGACGUACUUGUAAAGGACUAGAGAUUUUUAAGAAAAUGAAGGAUGCUGGGAUUCCUGUUGUUGUUGGAACUUAUAAUGUGCUGUUGGCUGGUCUAGAAAAAAGUGGCAGAGUUGUUGAGUUUGAGUAUUAUAGGAAACAGAAAAAACAGAUGCAGAAUGUUAGUUUUUUUGAUAAUCAAGAAUCUGUAGAAGAAAUGAGUUGUAACAUGUUGUUUGGUAGGGAUUAUGCAUCUUGAGACUUGAAUAACUUGACAUAAGUGAUUUAAGGGGCACAAUAAUAUCGCUGCUCGCCCCUUCACUGAACAACCAGACGCUAGCAGAUGAGUGUGAGAAUUCAAUUACAGUCCCCUAGAGAUGAACUUCCGUAACUUGAAUCCGAUUUUUACCGGUCCUCUAAUUCCUUCUUGGUUCGUCCAAUUUUAGUUCCUGUGCAGCCAAACCAGACGCACCCUAGCUAUGCAUUUGAACAAAAGGCAGAUGCAGGCUCGGUUUUACAGGCUGGAGCUAAUCCUUAUGGUGCUAAUGUUUACCAGCCAUAAAGACCUGAGAAUCCGGUAUGCAGCUCCCUGAGUAGAUGCAGCAGCAGGUACAGUCCGCGUUAGGUCAGCCGCCUUCUGAUUUUGAUGCUGAUGCUGAUAAGAACGAACGAUAUCAGUCAACGCUGCAGUUUGCUACGAACCUUUUGCUCCAAAUACAUCAGCAGCAGCCAUCAGGGCAAGGGAGUGGAAGUGGUUCUCUUCACUAAGGGAUGAGAAUACGGCAUACAUCGAUUAUGCCAGACUGGAGGAUGCAUCAAAGGCCCUUAAAACGAUGAACGGAAGGACCCAGGUCAUGAUUUUCGUGAUGUGAAGGAAGGUCAAUAUUUUAGAAGUAUGGUCCCUCUUGAUUCACCUUGGUUACCACCAGAUGCUGUUAAUCCUUCAUAUAACGGUGCCAAAAGGCAGCAGUAUAACAUGCCCUUAGAAGGGAAUGAAGAUCAACCAAGUAAUGUUUUGAUGCUACACAAUGCAAUGAUUUUAUUUGGAGAGAUAGACAAAAUUCCCACCCGUGGGGCGGAAAAGGGUUGACCCGGUUCUGACUAUAUUUGGCGAGGCGUUAUUGCUAAGGGUGGAACUCCUGUUUGUAAUGCUCGUUGUGUUCCUAUCAGAGAGUGGGUUGGAUACGAUAUCCCUGAAGUUGUUAAUUGCUCAGCACUAUACAGAUGCUGUUGGAUUCGAUAUUGUUUCCUUCUUGCCCGAUAGUGAAGAAGAUUUUGCUUCUUAUACAGAAUUCGUACGCUACUUAGGUGACAGAAAUCGGGCCGGGGUUGCUAAGUUUGAUGAUGGAACCACUUUGUUCUUGGUCCCACCUUCUGAGUUCCUUUCAGAAGUUUUGAAUGUAUCUGGGCCUGAACGUUUGUAUGGAGUCGUUUUGAAGUUCCCUCAACAUGCCUCAACCUCAAUUUAUUGAUAAACAACAAGUGCCUUCUCAAAAUGAGUAUAAUGUUGUUCCCAGUGGGGAGAAGGUGCUGCAAUUUGAUUAUAGUGGGGUCCCACAUGAUGACUUGAAGUCAAACCCGAAGUCAACAGGUCCAUCUCAUAACCCCUUGGCUCCCCCUCCCCCUCCCACAGCUGUCUCCGCUCCUACCCUGCAAACUGGGCUUGCUUUAACACCUGAACUUAUUGCAACCUUGGCUUCUUUAGCCAAAGGUAAUUUUAACGAUCAGCAACCAUCGGCAGUGGGUCCCCCUAAUGAGAGACCACCUUGGGAAUAUGAACCGGAACUGUCCAACAAUACAUUUCAUGGUCAGCCACCAAUCCUUCCCGGGCAUCAGGGUUAUCAGUCAAACAUGGUCAACAACGCUCAUUUGACCGCCUCAGGCAACUUCCCUCCUAUGCAAGAUUAUUCUUUCGGUAUGCCACAACACGAUGGGGUUCCGUCACCUAUGCCACAAAGUGGUCAAUUUGCAGUUCCUGUGCAGCCAAACCAGCAAUAUCUACCCAAUAUCCCACAGGAGACGCACCCUGGCUCGGUUUUACAGGCUGGAGCUAAUCGUUAUGGUGCUAAUGUAUACCAGCCACAAAGACCUGAGAAUCCGGGUAUGCAGCUCCCACUCUCCACUAUAGAUAUACCUGAGGUGGAAAACGCCACACACUCUCCACUAAGAACUGAUAAGAAUCAGGGUCUCCUGCAACAAGCUCUCCUAGAACUGGAAUAACUGGCAAUAAGUGGUAUUCAUACCCGAUGAAUAAGCAAACUAGUAGAUAUCAGAGUCAAAAAAAAAAAAAAAUUAUAAUUAAAAACUACCACUCUGAGAAAAGAGUCCACUGUUGACUUUAAAAAGUCAAAACAUAAUAUAUGCAUCUUUUGAAAAAAAAAAUCAAGAAUGUGUCUUUAUAUA